AUGUUCGCCACAGAAGUUGCAGACAUAGUGGACGAUGCAGUAUGUAAACAACAGUUGGAUUUGGACAGAACCAAGAAAUUAGUUUUCGCGAAAUUGCCUGAUGGUGAAUUACCACAUGCUGCAGAUGUCAAGUUAAUUGAAAAUUACUUUGUGAAAAUUCUUAUCGAUUGCGCACGUAUCGAAUUGGAAAAGAAAUUUCAACAAUUGUGUAGCAGUGCAGAAUUUGUGAACAAAUUCACACAUUUCUCCGAUCGAAUCGCUACAAUUCCUGAUCUGCUAGACUUAUGUGAAGCAGGAAUUUAUGCUACUCAACUGAAAUUAUACUCGAGUCUCGUAGAUGAACUGGAUUUGACGAAUUUCAUUGUGAACUUGAAGGUUUACAUAUGGAAAAAUAUUUUGGACAAAACAACAAGCGGUAAUGCUGAAUUACAAGUCCUCCAGCGUCUUGUUGUAUGUUUUCAAGAAAAUCUUAUCUCAGAGUCAACGUAUGACGAGUUAAAAAAGUUUAAGGACAACUGUGAAGCACAAUCGUUUUCUGCUCAUUAUUUCAAAACACAGAUGAAGAAAGUGACACCAGGAAAAAAUUCGUCACGAAAACUUCGAGCUUUUCUGCAAGCGGCCGAAAAUUUAACAUCGGAUCAUUUAUUUUGCGAAACUCAAUUACUUCAACUGAUUCGAUUUUAUUUGAAAUCUGUCGAAAUAACAAUUCAUACAAGAGGAAAUCGAUCAAUCCUCGAGGUUACUGGUGUUAUAGUUAACAUGUCGCAAGAAAUACAACAAAUUCAGGAAAGAUUACUGAGCAAACAGAUCGAUGAAGUUUGUGACGAGUGA